AUGGAUUUUUUCGAUGAGGUAGCCGAUGAGCAAAAAGUGCCGAUUUCUUUAGAGGAUGAAGAAACAGCAGAGGACCCAAUGAAGAAGCUUGAGGCGGAUAAAAAACGAAAAGCACGCGAGGAAACAGAAAGUUUGUUGGCGAGAAUGGCUACCGAUGAUGGUGGUGGAAUGUUUGAGGAGACAGUAGCAAAACGUGCUCGAAUCGAAGAAGAAGAAGAGAAUACUGACGACAGAAUGGAGAAUAUUGUUGUUCACACAAUUCAGACGAAUAACGAAAAUUGCACUCAUGAAGUCGCCAUUCCACCCAAUAGUAAAUUCCGUCAGUUGGAACCGAAAAAUGGUGAACCCGCCAAGUACUACCCGUUCCAGUUAGACGCCUUCCAGAAACAAGCUAUUCUUUGCAUCGACAACAACGAAUCCGUUCUCGUCUCAGCUCAUACUUCUGCUGGUAAAACCGUUGUUGCCACAUACGCAAUCGCACAAUGUCUUCGCGAGAAACAACGCGUUAUUUACACAUCACCAAUCAAAGCGCUCUCGAAUCAAAAAUAUCGAGAACUUGAAGAAGAGUUCAAAGAUGUCGGUCUAAUGACUGGAGAUGUUACAAUCAAUCCAGACGCUUCUUGUCUCGUCAUGACAACUGAAAUUCUCAGAUCCAUGCUUUACAGAGGAUCUGAGAUUAUUAAAGAAGUCGGAUGGGUUGUGUAUGAUGAGAUUCAUUAUAUGCGUGAUAAAGAACGUGGAGUGGUUUGGGAGGAAACUAUCAUCCUAAUGAGCAGCAAUGUGAAACAAGCUUUCCUGUCAGCUACUAUCCCGAAUGCCAGAGAGUUCGCUCAAUGGGUAUGCAGUAUAAAACAGCAACCUGUAAACGUCGUUUAUACGGAUUACCGUCCAACUCCACUACAACACUUUAUUUAUCCAGUAGGCGGAGAAGGAAUGUACGAGGUGGUGAACGUCAAGGGCGAAUUCCGUGAAGACAAAUUCAAUGAUGCAAUGUCUGGAUUGGCGACUGCUGGAGAUUCAGCUGGAAGUUUCCAAAAAAGAAGAACCAACGGUACUCAAGGAGACUCAAACGUUCUGAAAAUCAUUCGAUCAGUCGCAACCAAUGAUGGACUCAACUGUAUCGUUUUCUCGUUUUCACGGAAAGAAUGCGAGUCAUACGCUAUAAGUUUAAAAGAUAUGGAUUUCAAUCAAGCGCAUGAAAAGGGAAUGGUUAAAUCAGUUUACGAAAGUGCAAUUUCUCAAUUGUCACCAGAAGAUCAGAACUUACCUCAAAUAUUGAAUAUUCUUCCACUUCUCAAACGCGGAAUCGGUGUUCAUCAUUCUGGACUUAUGCCAAUUCUCAAAGAAACUAUUGAAAUUUUGUUCGGAGAAGGACUUGUCAAAGUUCUUUUUGCUACUGAAACUUUUUCCAUGGGAUUGAACAUGCCAGCAAGAACGGUCGUAUUCACAUCUGCAAGAAAAUUCGACGGUACUGAUAAUCGAUAUAUUUCCUCUGGAGAGUAUAUUCAAAUGGCGGGAAGAGCUGGAAGAAGAGGAAAAGAUGACAGAGGAACUGUUAUUCUGAUGGUUGAUUCAGCUAUGUCGUCAGAUGAUGCAAAGCAAAUCAUCAAGGGUGCAACUGAUCCUUUGAAUUCCCAAUUUCGUCUCACAUACAACAUGGUUCUCAAUUUGAUGAGAGUCGAAGGAAUGGCUGUAUCGUGGAUCAUUAAUAACAGUUUCCAUCAAUUCCAGAGUUAUUCAAAAAUCCCAGAAAUUGAUAAAAAAUGUGUUCAAGCGGAAAAAAAGGUUGCCUCGUUCAAAUUCAGUUGGGAAACUGAUAUGUGUACCUACCUUGACGUUCAGAACCAAUUGGAGAAAACUCGUCAGGAUAUUUUAAAAAUUCAACGAGAACCAAAACAUCUCGUGGGAUUUCUUCAUUCUGGACGACUUCUAAAGGUGAAAUCUGGGGAUCGGGAUUUCAAAUGGGGAAUUCUAAACCAAUUCCGAAAAGAAAUAAAUCCAAACGAUAAAAAUGAUACCAUCUAUGUAUGUGAUAUGAUCGUUGCUGUAAAAGAUGAUCAGAAACUUGAUCCCACAAAUCCUGCCACCCUUACACCUGGUUUUGACUUGUCUAGACGUAAGUGGAUCCGUGUGCCGAUGUCGACCGACCGUAUUACGGCUAUUUCUGCAAUUCGUCUUAAAAUUCCGGCUCAUAUCGAAUCUCAAGACGCACAAUUCCGUCUUGAUACUGUCAUGACUGCUGCGAUGAAGAGAUUGGGUGGAGACGUACCACUUCUUGAUCCCAUCACGGAUAUGGAUAUCAGAAACCCGGAAAUCCACGUUCUUGUUGAUCGUGAGAAAACUCUAAAAAGUCGUCUUGAAAAUCACAGAAUGAGCAACCGUGCUGACUUGGAAGAUUGCAAAAAACAGUACGAAGUGAAAUUGGAUGCCAUCAAAGAAUUUGAAGCAUUGAAAGCGGAACGAAAGGGACUCAAGAGUACAUUGCAUUUAGAAGAGUUAGAUAACAGAAAACGAGUGUUACGGCGGUUGGGAUAUCUCAGAAAUGAUGAUUCUCUUGAGUUGAAGGGCCGAGUAGCUUGCGAACUUUCCGCUUCCGACGAAUUAAUUCUAACUGAAAUGCUUCUAAAAGGACUCUUCAACAGUCUUGAUGUAGCCCAAACUGCCGCGCUCUUGUCCUGUUUUGUUUUCCAAGAUAACUGUUCGGCUCCCAAAUUGUCGAGUGAACUUCAAACUUGCCUCAGCGAGCUUCAUGAACAAGCUCGUCAUGUCGCAAAAGUGUCUAAUGAGUGCAAAAUGGAAAUUGUCGAGGAUAAGUAUGUCAGCAGUUUCAAUCCAGGUCUCAUGGACGUUGUUUCUCAAUGGGUUAACGGAGCCUCGUUCAACGAAAUCGUCAAAACAACAGAUGUAUUCGAAGGAUCUAUCAUCCGAUGUCUUCGCCGUCUUGAAGAAGUAUUACGUGAAAUGAUCAAUGCCGCCAAAGCUUGUGCCAACUCGGAAUUGGAGCAGAAGUUUGAAGAGGCUCGCAAAAAUUUGAAGAGAGAUAUCGUUUUCGCCGCAUCUCUCUAUCUUUAA